AUGAGGUAUACCCCCAUGGCCAUGUUUCUGUUGUUUCUUCUGCUAAUGGUGAUUCCCAUGUCAAUACAUGGAGAGUGCACGUGUGAAUCUGAACCGGAAGAGCGUAACAGAGCAGAGGCCCUUAAAUACAAACUAGCUGCGUUAGGAUCCAUACUGGCGGCGAGUGCGGUGGGUGUAUUGCUUCCAAUGAUGGGAAAGAUAGUCCCCAUUUUGCAGCCGGAGAAGGACCUCUUCUUCUUGAUCAAGGCAUUUGCCGCCGGUGUUAUCCUGGCCACCGGCUUCAUUCACGUGCUGCCUGACGCCUUCGAGAACUUGACAAGCCCUUGCCUACCUGACGCGCCCUGGGGAAACUUUCCCUUCGCUGGCUUUGUGGCCAUGCUGUCUGCAAUUGGGACGAUGAUGAUUGACUCCUUUGCCACCAGUUAUUACAAGAGAUCCCACUUUGUGAAGCCCACAACUUUGCCCUUGAAUGGUGGUAAUGGUAAUGCUAACGGGAAUGAAGAAGAAGGUCAAGGAGAGCAUGAAGAUCAUCUCCACUUUCAUAACCAUCCCACAGAUGGCCAUGCACACGGUCCCGCUUUUGGCUUACAGGAAGAUUCUGCUUCUCACCAUCUUCUUCGCCAUCGUGUUAUAUCCCAGGUGUUGGAGCUCGGAAUUGUGGUGCAUUCCGUGAUAAUAGGAAUUUCUUUGGGUGCUUCCGAAUCUCCCAGCACAAUCAGGCCCCUCGUGGCGGCACUUACUUUCCAUCAGUUUUUUGAAGGCAUAGGCCUUGGAGGCUGCAUUUUUCAGGCCAAAUUCAAAGCUGCAAAAGUGACGGCAAUGGUGAUUUUCUUCGCCCUAACCACGCCGGCCGGAAUUGGAAUCGGGAUGGGAAUAUCGAACAUAUACGAAGAGAACAGCCCCACUGCACUCAUCGUAGAAGGCACUUUCAACUCUGCUUCUGCAGGAAUCCUUAUUUAUAUGGCACUGGUGGAUCUGCUGGCUGCCGAUUUCAUGAACCCAAGAAUGCAGGGCAACAUCAAACUACAGCUUUCGGCCAAUAUCUCUCUUCUUCUAGGAGCCGGUUGCAUGUCCCUUUUGGCUAAGUGGCCUAAUUCCCCGCCCCCAUACUCCCCUUAUCAAUAA